GCAGAGGGGUGUGUGCCGUCGCUGCGUCAUGACGUCAUGUUACCGUAGAAACAGAGGAGUCGUUUGCUUACUCUGUGCUAACAGAACUAGCUCGUUAGAUAAUGGUCGCCGUUUCUUGAGUUUUUAAGUGAAGGUUUGUAACUCAGCGAGUGACCCUAAGUGUUAUGUAAACGGCUAAUGUAACCGCUUGAGUCACUCAGUGUUAUCAAGCUGUUAGCUGAGACGACAAACACGAGUCAGUUGGAGGUGAUGGAGGUGAAAAAGAAGCCUGAGGAAGAGGAGAAUGAGCUAGUGUCGGAGCUGAAGAGGCAGCUGGAGAAUGAACACCUGACCCCGGUGGAAAAACUCAGACUGCUGAACGAUGGCUUAAACAAUGCUCUGAACUCGGCAGCUGUCCACGUGAACAGUGGCGAGCUGGCUCGGCUGAAGUCUCAGCUGUAUCUGAGCGGCGUGCUGAUCCACUGCAUCCAUGUUCUGUCUCUGCAUCCCAGCAGCCUGUGGGGCGACCUGAGCGCCGCUGCUACACUUGCCCACCUCACCAGCUCCUGCUGUGUGGGGGUGGAGCCUGGCCCACACUCUGAGACCUUUCAUCGGCUCUUCCUGCCAUCAGUCGUGGAUGCUCUGCUGUCAUUGGCUGCUCAGCUGGUGAACCGAGCGGAGAAUGUGUCUCUCUUCAGGAAGGUGAUGGACUCUGUCGGCUGGCUGCUUGCCGCUCACACUCACCUCACAGAGAAAGUCCUCAGCUCCAUCCACUAUGAGCAGAUCCAGGUGUGUGAUGAUGUCAACGUGUCUCUGCUCUGUGUCCAGAUGUGGAUUCAAACCUGCACGGCCAACAGCGACUUCCUGUCUGGGUUGAGCGACGAUUCCAUACUUCUGCUGCUCAACGAGGCCAUUGGCCAAUUAGCUCUCAGUUCUGACUCUACGGUGGGAGGGGCCUCCGUCAGAUUGAUCCUCCUUAUGGCCAGUCAGCUGGGCCGCUGCCUCCGGCCCCUCCUCCUCAGCUUCAGAGGUCUGGACAGCCUGCUGCACAAAGACUGGAGGGGGCGGGGCUUUGACCGGGGCAUUGAUCAGCUGAUCGCUCUUAUCCAAUCAGAGAAGAAUGUCGUUAGUCAGUCACAGGGGAGCAGUGAGCAUGUGCGGGCGGCAUGCGUGAUCCAAGCAGCCUGGAGGUCGUAUAAGACCAGACGCAGAGUGAAGAGUCUCAACAGAGCCGUCAGCGUCCUGCAGAGGAAGUACAGGGCUCGGAGAAAGGAGCAGCAGCAGCAGAAGGAGGCGCAGCUGUGGGAGGAGGAGCUCAAGUAUCAGGUGUGUGUGAGACGUCAGCAGGCGAGGAGGAGGUUCCACCAGAAACAGAGACAGCUGCUGCAGCUGCUCCCAGCAGACCAGGUGCAGACAUACCUGCAGGAGUGCGAGAAUCGAGCCGCUGUGGUGAUCCAGAGCUUCUGGCGAGGCUUCAGAGAGAGACGACACUACAGCAGCACGCAGCGGCACAUGCUCAGACGAGAGCGAGCUGUCAGGACGCUGCAGAGAGGGGUGCGUCGUUUUCUACAGAAGCGACGAGCAGCAAAAGUCCCGCCUCUCCCUCCUUUCUGGAUUGGUCAGAAAGGUUUGACAGACAGCCGGAGGGCGGAGCUAAACCGGCAGGUGGAUGAGUACAUCGCUACACAUCAGUCGUUCCGUGUGUCUCCUGAGGAGUGUUCCUGCCUCCAUGAGGAGGUGCAGCUGCUGCUGCUGUCAGUGCUGCAGACAGGAGCUCAGCAGAGGAUGGAGGAGCAGCGGGUAGAGGCGCUGCUGGCUCACGUGCACACACAGCUGGAGCUGCUCCGAGAUGCUCCGCCCCUCUCUGUUGUCACGGAGACAGACGCUGACACCUUCCUGAGCCCGUCGGGUCCCGUCGCUGCUCGUGCCCGUGACGCCCACAACGCCAUCCUCCAGGCGAGCCGGCUACCCUGGUGGAGGAUGCUGGGAGACACGGACGCAGGUCAUGUGAAUCCAUUGGGCUCCACCCACGUGCCUGAGCUGGAGGAAGAGCUGGGAGGACUGUACAUAGGAGGGACAGUGGCGGACAAGAAACAGACUCAGGUGGACGAAGUCAAACUGUAACGUGAUCUCUCAGGUGAAAUAUGGACUCGCACAUCUGCUGACGAGGAAAUGUUCUUAUAAACAUAGACUGUAAAUAAAGGCUGGACAUUA